CCCCCUAAUGCGUUUCUCUCGAGAACUGGCAAAACAUGGCUUCAAAAUCACAUUUGUAAACACGGACUACAUUCACAAGCGUGUAGUGAGUGCAAUGCCUGAGGAGGGCAUGCGCAGGCUCAUGGAUUCAAACAUUAAUCUCGUAUAUGUCCCAGAUGGCUUGGAUAGCUAUGACGAAAGGAAAAAUAUGGGCAAGCUAACGGCAGCCUUAUUGCAGAACAUGCCAGCAAGGGUUGAGGAGCUCAUACAAGGUAUCAAUGCAUCAAAUGGUCAUGAUGACAACAUUACAUGUGUUCUCGCCGAUGGGGCGAUGGGUUGGGCCGUGGAAGUCGCCAAUAAGAUGGGAAUUAGAGGAGCUAUCUUUUGGUGUGCGGCAGCUGCUGCUUUGGCCUUGCAAAUGAGCCUACCAAGACUGAUUGAUGACGGGAUUCUAAACGGUGAUGGAUUGCCAACCAAAAAAGUAGAGCUGAUUCAACUGUCUCCGGGCAUUCCUGCUUUCGAAACGAAAAAUCUUCCAUGGGCCGCGAUAUCCGAUCCAAGCAAACAGAAGAUUUUAUUUCAUUUCAUGGCACGAGCCAUGGAACCUUGCAAACUGGCAGAUUGGUGGCUUUGCAACACAGCUUAUGAGCUUGAGCCUGCAUCAGUUGCUUUGUUUCCUAAGCUCCUGCCCAUUGGUCCAUUGCUCGAAAACGACCAAACUGGACAAUUCCGACGAGAAGACCCAUCUUGCAUCAACUGUCUCGAUCAACAAGCACCUCGCUCAGUCAUAUAUAUUUCCUUCAGCAACUUUGCAAGUUUGGACCCUGUCCAAUUCCAAGAACUAGCUCUUGGACUUAAGCUCAUCAAUAGGCCUUUCCUUUGGGCGGUGGAUCAAAGAAACAUCGAUAGGGCGAAGAAUGCAUUUCCAGAUGAAUCUCAAGGAACAUGUACCUAGAUUGUGGAUUGAGCAGCAAACAAAGGUCUUAGGUCACCCUGUCGUUGCUUGUUUUAUUAGCCAUUGCGGCUGGAAUUCUGUCACGGAAGGUAUAGCCAAUGGCGUCCCUUUUUUGUGCUGGCCUCAGUUCGUUGACCAGUUCCUUGACAAGAGCUAUAUUUGUGAUGAGUGGAAAGUUGGACUGGGUUUUGACUUGGCUGAAAAUGUACUCGUUUCCCGGGGCGAAGUGACAAAGAAGGUAGAGCAACUGCUUAGCAAUGAAUCUAUAAGAGCAAGAGCGCUGGAGCUUAAACAAAUCCUAUUGAAAACCAUGGCAGAAGGUGGUCAGUCUUCAAAGAAUCUCAACAACUUCGUCAAAUGGCUCAAGCAAUAGAGAUGCUCUUGCUAGUAAUUUACAAGUUGAAUUUUCCUCACCCGUGGGUAAUGAUAGAGGAAAUAAAUAAACCUC